AUGGCCAGCGUAGCCCCAAGUCCCACGCAAACCAGCCAUGUCUCACGGCCGACGAUCCCUAGAGGCCUCGUGCCCGUGGCCGUGCUUCUCGCCGCCGCCGUAGGCCUCCUCGCGCUGCUGCCGUCGCUGGCCCAGGCGGUGUGGGAGGUGCCGCACCUCUUCCUCCUAGGCGCCGUCAUCUCCUUCGGCGUCUUCACGCAGAGGAACAACGCCGCCGCCGGCGGCAGUGCCAAUAAUAAUGCCGCCAGCGCCAAGGACAGCUCGCUGGCGUGGAACGCGCGGUACCACCCCGACGACCCCCUCGUCGUGAUCGCGGAUCAUCACGCGGUGCCGAGCGACGACGACGACGGCGACGACGGGCUGGAAGGCGCACGGGAGAGGCCGCUUUCCCUGCCGGUGCGGAGGCUGAAGCCUGCGGCUGCGGCGCAGGAGUCCGAAACCGUCGGCGACGCCAGCUAUGAUGGUUUGGGCGAAGAGACGGAUAGCUGUGCGUCGUCGUCAGGGUUUUGGGCCGGCGCGCGCGCCGUCCCUUCGCCGCCCUCUGUUCUCGACGCCGACCUGGACUUUUCUCCGUGCUCACAGCCACAGUCUGAACGGCCGUUCUUUGUCCAACACAGCGCCAACAAGUCCCGUGGUGCGUCCAAUGCCGUGACGGAGACGGCGCCCACGGUCCCGAGGGGCUUCGUCCAGGGGUACCAGUACCAUCCUUCGGUGCCCGGCGACCAGCCGUUGAGCGACGACGGCGAGGUUACCGACUGGGAUGAGGACGCCGCCGACGGGUCCGAUGAGAUGACACCCGUGUCGUCGUCGGAAACGUCGGUCCGUGGCGACUUCGCCGCUUGUGCCAGUGACCACAACGACGGCGACGGCGACGACACGUCUGUGGAUGAAGAGCUUUUGAAGCUGGCGGCGAAGGCGGGGCCGGACGGGGAGGAGGAAGUGGACAGGAAGGCCGACGAGUUCAUCGCCAAGUUCAGGGAGCAGAUCAGGCUCCAGAGGCACUAG